AUGCAGUUGCUUGUCUUUCAACUUGCUGUUAUCGUGACCCACGGUGAAUGUAAGCUGAGCUUCACCAGCAUUUCCGCCACAUGUGACAUUACAAUCAGAGUAUUAAACACAGGUCACCAAACAUUAGAUUUAGGUGACUGAAAAUUACGAAUUCAGUCGUAAUGAAACAUGAUUUAUGAACACCGUUGUACGCUUAUCCGCCGUGUUUACAUGAUUACACGCCAUAAGGUGCAUGCAAUGAAACUUUGAGGCUUUUUUAGCGGGAUAGUGCACUCUUUUUCAGGUCAAGAUUAAGGAAGUUCUAAAGUGACAGAUACGCUAAUCUAACGGGGUAUGAAAAAUGCAUAGAAAAGCGCCCAUUAUGUUUCAGUCAUCACAACAGGAAAUUAAAAACGAAGUAUAGACUUGCUGACAAGUCGCGAAAACGGCCGAUGACCCUACCAAAACGAACUUUUUGAAAGUCCAGAUUUCUUUGGAUGCCUCCGUUGUUACUGUGCAGCCUCUAUUGUUUGAGCUACCAGUUUUUUGCUUUUUAACAGAAGGCUCGCGUACGACAGAGUGAAGAAAAAAUGCAAAGAAAUUGUUUUGGAGAAGCUAAGGGAAUUUUUACAGGAUUCAUCAACACCAGUUUUUCAAGUGAAUUCAUUUUCUAGAAUCGGAACAAAAAUAUGGAAUGAAAUGCCUGUAUCUUUAAGAAAACUUUCAAAAAAUGCCUUUAAGAGGAAAAUAAAACGAACACUUUUUUAGAUCCUAGCUUCAGAAGACUGUUAUAUUGAUCUCCCAGAAAUCGUUCAAAAAGUUAAACUGAAUUUAUUUUCCUCUUAGUUGAUAUGUAAUCAUUAAUAUCGUUUAGUUUAUCAGUAGUCUCUUGUCAUAACUGUUGUCAUUUAUUACUAGUAAUACCAUUAGUUUAUCAGUAGUCUCUAGUCAUUGUUGUCAAUUUUAAUUUCUUUAGUUCUCUUGUUACUUUUAGCUGUAUUAAGUUUAUUUUCUGUAAACAUGACCCGCCUAGAUUAGCUUAGCUACCCACGGGCAUGUUAUUGUACUCUUACUUCAAAACACAAUAAAAUAAAAUGUAUGUAUGUAUGUAUGCAUUUGUUUCACUUUUUUCCUUGAAUGUAGUAGCGAUUUCUGGUUUUCCCGUGACUGGUAAUCGAGCCCACUGUUCGUGGUACGCUACAACGAAAACGUACUGUAUAUAAACCCAGCUAUUUUGAACGGUUGGCGUAUUCUUAUUAGGUCAUGAUCAAUGCGAGGGGUUGCACAUAUCCCAGGCCUCGUAGAGGAGGUCUUAUUUAUAAAAAGAAGAAGUAAUAAUCCCCACACGAUGAUUAAUUGUCAUUUACUUGAUGACUAUAACUGCCGAUACUGAUUAGGUUCCAACCAAGUUUUCACAUUCUUAUAUUUGUUAUAGAUUACUCACCUGUUCUCAGGCCCUUUGGAGGGCUGCCGCAGCAACUUGGUACAUGAAAAUGGCAAAGGAUUACGAGUGUUGCUUCUUACUCUUGUUGGAUUGAAGGUAGGCCUAAUGCUCGUCAUCAGUCCAGGAGUUGAAAUGUUCGUGAAUAUGGCUGGCUGCCCAUUCUUCAGGUGUGGGGAAAAUAUUAAGGCCGGAAAAAUGCGCGGAAAAUCGCCUGCAAGGAAAGUCAGUGUGCCGUGUGCCUCAUAACUCAACGUACACACUCUAAAACGAGGCGAACAUCCCAGGCUUAGUAGCAUUAAUCGCACAUUACGAGAAUAAACCAGAAACACUGCAUGGUAGUUCAGUAAACUUAUUAAAUAAUGGCUUCGUCUUGCAAACUGUGAAAAAAGAAAUACUAAUAAUUCAAAUCACUGCUAAUAAAUUCGCUGUCUUGAAUCCCGAUAGCUUGAGAAUUAUCUCGUGGUGGCAUGGAGUUAAGAUUGAAAAUGACAAACAUCAGUUAACUACUUCUAUGAAUGAAGAAAAAGUUUUAUGAAAGAGCAUAUCGAGACCAACAAAACCUAAGCGCAACUUGUGUUAACUGCGUAAAACAAUAUUUACGAACCAGAUUUUGAAAAAAGCAAAAUCACAUUGAGAAUGAGAAAAUUAACCAUCCAUAAAGAAUUAUUUAAAACAGGCCAAACAUGGUUUGUCAAAAGUUGUACAGUUGUAAAAUAACUUACAGUUCCACAACUUGGACUGGGAUUUAGAGUCAAGUGGAGAAGUGAUAAUUAAGUUACUUACCUUUGCAAAACAUUUAUUUAAUCUCUCGACCCAUGUCAGGGAAUCCAACACAGUCCUGGAUUCUGGAUUCUGGAUUUUGGAUCCCACGCCGUGGAUUCUAGUCCAGGUAUUGGAUUCUGGAUGUUUUGUCAGUGGAACUGGGAUUCCGGAUUCCAAUCGUUAGUUGGAUCCCCGGAUUCCUUGAGCCGUAUUCCAAAUUCCAAAGCCAAGGAUUCCAAAUUUCACAGCAAAACUUUGCAAGAUUCAGGAUUCCAAAAGGGAAAAUUUCGCGGAUUCCGGAAUCCGCAUUCCCUUAAAUGUGGCGAAACCUCCAUUCCCCCCCCCCGCCCCCUCCCACAAAGUAAAAACAGAUCAUUAUCCGUUUCUAGGAAACUGCCCACCUACCCUUUUGCCCUAAGUGAGAAGUAA